AUGCCUGUCUGGUAUAUCAAACAUAGCUCAAACACCAUCCUGCCGGACGAAAAGGUGCAAUUGGCCAAGUCAAUCACCCAGCUUUACGUCUCUUACGGGCUGCCCCCAUUCUACGUGCAAGUCCACUUCAUCGAGGACGUGCCGGGCACUGCUUUUAUCGGUGGGGAAGUGCAUCCCAACUUUGCUGCCAUCACCAUAUACCAUGUUGCUCGCUCGUUCCCAAAUGACGAGGCCAAGCAGCGAUUUCUGUCCCGUGUUGACAGCAUUCUCAACCCGAUCCUAGAGCCCAAGGGCAUGGACUGGGAGUACUUUAUCGCGGAGACAUCACGCGACCUGUGGAAAGUGAACGGGAUGGUCCCUCCCCCGUCUGGCUCGGCCGAGGAGAAAGAGUGGGCGCGCGCCAACUGCGCCGUGAAGUUUUAG